AUGAGUGAUCCACCACAAAAUCCAGCGAUACACUUCUUCUUAUGUGUAUCCUAUCUAUUUGUUUUCCUUGCCACAAUUAUAGGUUAGAUUUUCAUUGGAGUUAUUAAUAGAUUCAAAAAUAGAUUAAAAAAUUAAUCAAAAUUCUGCAGAAAAAAAAAUUCAAUUAAUUUUAUUCAUUUAUUUCAGGGAAUCUUAUUAUUCUGCUCGUUUUUGCAUCGCAGAAAAAAGUUCGAAGUGUCCCUAAUUUUUUCCUGGCUAAUUUAACGGUAAGUUAGGGGUGCUUUUUAAGAGGAUUUUUCACAGAUCAUAGUUGAAAAAUGAAAAAUCUUGAAACCAAUGUUCAAAUAAGCAAUUACUUUUUCCAAUCCUCUCUCCGGAAAACAAAACAAUUAGUCUGCUGAAAACAUUGUGUGACGUUUAUUAAACUUUUGGUAAAUCUGAUGUGAAUUUUUAAGAGUUCAAUGUUGUUUUAAGAGUUCAGCUGGAAUGCAAGUCUGGAUGAAAUUUGACUCAAAAUGAGAACUGGUGAUUUGGAAAUCUCUAUGCUCAAGUCUGUAAUGAGAAACGUUGAAUUAUCUCGAAAAAGUAGACUUGGAACUUAAGAAAAGAAACAUGUUUUAUUUCUGAAAUACUCUUUUUCUUCCAAAGAAGCCCGAGGCUUUGUAAAUUACCCUAGAGAAAAAACUAACUUCAAAAAUCCGAAGACCUAUUAACAAAAAAAUAUUUCGUCACAAUGACCUCAUUAAAAUUGUUGAGCAACAAAACAAAAUCUGAUCUUUGAUCUGGUUUUUUGUGAUUUUUAAUAAACAUAGUUAGAUGCAGAGAUCGAAAGAAAGUCCUCAAAGUUUUACAAGAAAAACAACUAGUUGUUUAAAAAUUUAGUUAGAGUACCUAACAUUUUUCCUAGAAAUUAAACGACAAUUACAGGUUGCUGACUUAUUUGUCGGAAUUUUCUGCGUCCUUCAAAACGGUGUACAUUACAUGUAUCAAGGUGAUAUGGGUUGGCCAUUUGGUAAAAUGCUGUGCUAUUCAUAUAUUUAUGUGCUUCACUUUAUCCCAAAUGUUUCGGCCGGUAUAUUGGUACUUGUUUCCAUCGAAAGACUCAUUGCUGUUUUACGUCCUUUACGUGUUCGCCGUGCAUUUUCUCACAAAGUUCUAGUCACAUCUUCGGCUUUUGUUUGGAUUAGUGAGUUGAAAAUGUUAAAAAGAAUAAUUUUAAUUUUAAAAUAGUUAUAUUUUAGCAAGUGCAAUUAUGAAUAUCCCAUUCAUUAUGACAAGUCGAUUUCAAGAAUUCCGUGACAACACAACAACUCUUGUGCUCUGCGGUAGAUCAGCAUUAUUCAUUGGAGGAUUUAAUGUACUAAAAGUCACAGCUACAGUAAACUUCAUUGUCUGGUAUGCAGUUCCUGCAGUUAUUCUGCUAUGUAUUUAUGCUACAAUUGGGCUGGUAGUUAGUAAAGCAGCAACAAUCACAAAACAUUCAGCGAAUAAGUUGUUGCCUAGAUCAAGUGAGUUGUUUUUUCAGGUUAAUGUUGACAAAAGUUUAACAAAUUAUAGGUUGGCGAUCAGAAGCAUCCACAGGCGGUGUCUCGGUGGAAAAAAGACGAAAGGUUAGUGAGACAAAAACGUGUACAGUAAUACCUUAUUUGAUUUUCCAAAAAAUAUAUUGCUUUAUUGUGAAAGCAACAAAGAUUUAUUUGACAUUUGUACAAACUAAAAAAUAUAUCCUAAAAAAAUGGCAAGGUUUUUCUCAAAAAAAAAAGAACAGUUGUCAGAUUGAAACAUGUAUUUUACUCUAGGUGUUUAAAAAAUACAACUUUCAGUCUCACUUCAUUGAACUCUAAACAACAAAAAACCAGUUCCGUUAGAUCUUCGGCAGAAGUAGUCUCUAGUUUGCUCAUAGCGGAAAUUCAAGCGGAAAUUUGAAAAUUGGAUUUGCAGGUCGGCAGAUUAGCUGUAGGCAUCGUUGUUGCGUUUGCCUUUUUGUCACUUCCUCGACACUUGUGGCUUCUUUGGAUUGUUUGGAGAGAUAAUAAUGGUACAAACAUAAUGAUAGAACACUCAGAAAAUGACUGAUUAUAUUUCAGAUAAUCGAAGUACACAUUCGUUCUUCCAAAUUUUGCAUCCAAUAACAUUUUUGCUUCUAUUUUUCAAUUCAGCGAUCAAUCCAUUUUUAUACGCAUUUUUAUCAACACGUUUCCGACAAAGUAUCAAAGAAACAUUCAAUUUUGGAAAGGUAUCAUUUUUCAGGCUCUGAUGUUGGAUAAAUUUUGGUUAAAUUUUAGGUUCGUGAAUGCAAUAUCGAACUUUCCUCAAGGCUCCGACGAAAAGUCGAAGUUGAUACAACAUACGACUAUCAGACAUGA